GGUUAUACGGAGAGUCGCAGCCUUCCUUCAUCUCUAACAACAGACUUUUUGUUGUCUGCUGCCAGAAACCGGCAUUGUUUUGUUCAAAAAUAUUACUUCAAAAACAGAAGCCUGGAUACAAACGCUUCGCACUGCAGGGAUGUCGAAGUUAAAGCUGAUAUCUGUGACUGACACCCAGUUCCCCGUAUCACUGCUGGAGGCCAUCAGUGAGCAGCGAAACAACGGAUUAUUCUGCGACGUGACCAUAAUCGUACAAGACCGCAAGUUCAGGGCACACAAGACGAUGCUGUCUGCAUCUAGCACUUACUUUCGGCAGCUUUUUUCAGUCGCGGGACAAGUAAUCGAGCUGAAUUUUAUCAAGGCAGACAUAUUUGAAGAAAUCCUGAAUUAUAUAUACACCUCAAAAAUCCACCGGAUUCGCUCCGACAAGCUUGAAGAUCUUAUCAGCGCAGGCCAGAUCCUGGGAGUCAAGUUUAUUGCCAAUCUUGCGACCCCUCUUUCACAAGUCAAGGGGCUGCCUGGUUUGUCAAAAGAUGGAGAAACCGGUAACGUUCACACCAACGAGAAAAAUGAAGCCGGAGAGGAUUAUCUGCCCAUUAUUACAGAGUCAUUUUCUUUAUCCGCUGAGGAAUUCAAAAUGGUAAGUGGCAGUGUUGACAGAGAUGAUCCAGACAACGACGAUGUUCUUUUUGUCUCAGAGUUGGAAGUGCCGAAAGCUCUAAAGAUGAAGCAGUCUCGUGUUUUAGCUCUGGAUGUGAACGAAGGACCAGAGUCUAAAAGACUAAAAGGCACAAAUGAGGAAGAGCUAAAUCCUGCAAAGGCAAAAACCCAACUUGCGGACAACAAAUUUCCUCCAGUAGGUGAAGUGCAAGAGAAAUUCCUAGACAAUCCACAAGCCCAUACCGUCCCUCCAGCUGUCCCCAUGUCCCCAAACACCAGUGAUGCUGGUAUGGUCUCUGAUGAAAGAUCCUCCACACAGACUGCACCCUCUACCCCUGUUCAUGUAAACAGCCUAACCCCUGACUCUCUAAACACCACUCAACCCCUGGAACCCAGUGAAGUGCUUGGAGUUCAGAAGAAGAAGAUUUUAUUGGAGCAGUCACCAGAUCAACCAGGCAAAAUCAGACUGUCAGAUGUGAGGUCAGCCUUUAGUCCUAAUAAUGGAACUGGGCUAGAUGCUGCUUUGACUAAGAAGACUAUUACCUUAGACAAAGCUUCAGAAAUUGAUUCGCUGUCAUCAGGAUGCAAGGUUUAUGCCAACAUAGGGGAGAACACCUAUGAUAUUGUUCCAGUCAAAGAGUACUCAGGUGAAGGAGAAUCUCGAACAGCCCCUGGACGAAAAUUGCAGUCCCCUGUGCAUGGUGCAAGCAAUCCGACUGCUGGCUCAUCACGAGGUAAGAAAAAAGGUAAAUCAGAGCAGGAGGAUCAUUAUGAACUUAUUAUGGAUGGGAAGACAUUUUUUGUGUGUGUUGUGUGCAAGCGUCCCUAUGUGUGCCUGACAAGCCUAAGGCGACACUUUAACACGCACUCAUGGGAGAGAAAGUACCCAUGUCGUUACUGUGACAAGGUAUUUGCCCUGGCUGAAUACAGAACCAAACAUGAAAUCACUCACACUGGUGAAAGAAGAUAUCAGUGUUUAAUGUGUAACGAAAUGUUCCUUAACUACCAAUUGUUGUCAUCACACUGCAAGCAAAUGCACAACCAAGACCCUUCAGGCAGGAAGGAGAAAGACGACACGGACAAUAACCUGUACCGCUUACUUCCAUGCAAAACACUGCAGUUCAAGCCGUACUCUUUUGUCUCAGGUGAGUCCGGUGGGAUUCCAAUUAUUAACGAAAACGGGAUUGUGCAGAAUGUAGAUUCUGCCAGGCCACACUUUCCAAACCAGGAACUUCCAUCCAGCCAGAGCAAAAUGUUGAACUGGGAUGAUAUCUUCAUCGAGCCCGAUUCGCACAAUCGACCAGAGGCUCAUGCACAACCAGAACCCCCUCCUCAACCCACAAACCAAAUGAAUGUAGAGAACACAACAGAGUUUGAAUUUGUUAUACCAGAAACAUACUGAGCGGACAUGUUCACAAUUCUGAAUGCUAUGGUGCCUUUUAAUGUUACAGGUUUCAAAGAAAUAUGUUCUUAAUUUCAGUCAACUGGAAAAGUUAAGUUAACUGAAAACCUUAAAUAUGUUUUGUCAAAUGUGCUUGAAAUUUUUUAGUAGCUCUUAAUUACUUUUGUCUGAUGCUUGUCUAAAUCUUGGCAGUGUUUCUCAUACAACUAAUUUCUUUAAACUUUUGCCUUAUAAAGGUACACUUGAUGAAAGCAUAAACGAAAACGGUAGUUUCAAGACAGUGGUAAGUGAGGGAUGCUGUUUUUCCUGAGAUUGUGGAUUACUUUAUUCCAAACCAUGUGAAUCAGCCAUGUUUUCUGUAGUAUGUCAGAACUAAAUGAUGUCAAGGAAACAAUCAAAGCACUUCAUAUUGUAUCUUUAAUUUGUGAAAGUGCCGAAUUGCUGGAAAAAGAUGAUAUAUAGUAUGGUAAUGAAAAGAGAAAGGAAUACAGAUGUUCACUUUAGUUCCAAUUUGUAUGAUGGCAUAGUUAGCAUUGUAAGUUUCAUUUACACAUUAAACAUGUUCAACAGUUUUGCAGUAUUGCUAGCUUCGAGGAACUUUGGUUUAGAUUGAGUAACUUGAUGAGUCUGAGAGAACACCAUUUAUACAAAGACUAAAAAUGACCAUGUAAUACAAAGCCACCACAGAAAACAUGGACAAAUGGGCAAAAUGUUCAUUGUUACACUUCAGUACUAGGGAUAUUUAAGCAUUCUGUGAAUGAAAUUGUUGUAAUGUUUCAGGACUUUCAUGAUAAUCGUCUAAACGGAUUAUAAAACAAUAAUACAUUUGUUCCAUUGUGGAGACCAUUUUAUUUUGUAUUAUUCUCUAGGUUUUCUUGUCUAGCAUAAAGCAGCCACUUUUGUAUUUAUGAUUUGAGUGCAGAGGAGGUUGGAAGACAUUUGUGAAUGUUAGUAAUGUGUCCAUUAUUUAGCAGAUUGCACUUGUAUAAUUGUACAUUUAUAUUUAUAUGCUGGCCAUAUAAGGCUUAUUGUGGUCAUUCCUACCAAGAGUGUAAACAUGAAUUAUUGUGAAUUAAUGAAGUAAAAUUGGUGAGCCUCUAUUUAGCAGCCCAUUAUCUAAAGUGUAACUGGAGGAGUAAUGAAUAACUUUCUGCUGUUUUUUUCCUCAUGUUUUUUUCUGUAUUCCCUUCUUACAUAUACUGUACAUGUAUGUAUUCCGCUGUACUCUAGAUAGUAGGUAAUGGUUUGGAAGGUUAGGAUGAUCAUAUGACUCAAUAUUGCUGCAGUCAGAAAGUGAGUGCGCUUAACAUUUGUUAAGCUUGCGUGUUAACAAAUAUUUGUACUACUAAAGACCAUUUAACUGUUUCUAUUUUUAACCGUAUUUAUUAGGUCUUAGUACUGUACAACGUAAAAUAAAACUUGAGUACUUA